AUGGGUGCGGCGCCGUCGACGCCGAGGCUGGGCGCCGCAGGCGCGCCGCCGUCGCCCAGCGCGGCGGAGCAGAUGUUCGCGGCGCUGGUCGGCGAGAAGGCCUACCCAAUCUCCUCCGAGUUCUGGAAGCAGCUGCUCGAGCUGCCCCUCACCCUGCAGUGGCCGCGCGACCGCGUGCUGCAGGCGUGCCACGCCUUCGCCGAGAAUAACUACCAAACAAAGCAUCUUGCAAAGAUUUUGAUCCAUUUGGUUUGGUGCUUGCAAGAGUGCACCUCAACAACUUCUGUAUCUUCUGUCGUAUAUCGGAGGGCGAUCAAUGCAGCAUACAUAUCAUCCAUAUUUCUCAAGUUCAUCAUUGAAAACACAAAAACUGACAGUUGGCAAGAGCUAUGCCUUGACAUUGACAGGAGUGAGAAGGGGUUGGAAAACUUCCCUGCAGAAAACUCUGUGGAGUAUUUUCUGAUGAGAGGUGUGCUGGACUAUAUUGGUAGUGUGGAUGUAAGUCCGGAGUCAUGCUACCUACAUCACGAACUCCUGAACUUGAUGCUAGUUCUUAUGUCAACUCAGUUAUGUUCUGGACCAUCUCCAGAGCCAAAGGAUGUGCAUCCUUUCAUCGAUGCAGCUAUGCUUCAGGACACCUCCAUAGUGGCUUCAGUGGUGCAAAAAUUGUUGCUCAAUUUUGUAACACGGCCGAAAAUUCCUCUAAAUGCUUCACACCCUGUUUUCUCUGAUGAUGGUAGGCCUGGUGUUCUGCAGCGAGUUGGCUCAGCAGCUGCAAAUUUCGUCUUAUUGCCAUAUUAUACUUUCAACUACCUUGUAAGCUCAACUCCUGAGGGUGCGACGAGUCAAUUGGCAGAUAACAGUUUACUUGUUCUGCUUAUCAUGAUCCACUACCGAAAGUGCAUUUCAACUAAUGAGUCCAUUCCAAUCAACAAUGUAUAUACAAUGGACUCAAAUACCAAUGACAAGGAUGCUCCAGUUUUUCAUGAUAACCCUUAUUGCAAGGCAUUAAACAGUGCUAAGGACAUACAAUAUGAUCGUGCUGAUGUUGAAGGAAAUGCUCAAGAUGGACCUGUUAUCAGGUUGUCUUUUGCAUCGUUGUUUGAUGCUCUUGGAAGAUGCUUAAAUGAUGAGAGCUCGGUUCUGUUGCUCUAUUCUUUGGUCCAUGGGAACUGUGACUUUCAGGAAUAUGUCCUGGUUCGAACAGACUUGGAUACUUUGCUGAUGCCUAUCUUGGAAAUGCUCUACAAUGCAUCAAGGAAGACAUCGAAUCAGAUUUACAUGCUGUUGAUUAUUCUCCUGAUCCUCAGUCAAGAUUCAACCUUCAAUGCUAGUGUGCACAAAUUGGUGCUCCCUGCCAUUCCUUGGUACCAUGAGCGCCUGAUGCAUCAAACGUCUCUGGGAUCUUUGAUGGUUGUAAUACUAAUUCAGACCAUCAAGUACAACCUCUCCAAGCUAAGAGAUGUCUACCUUCAUACAAACUGUCUUGCAAUUUUAGCAAAUAUGGCUCCUCAUGUGCAUAGGCUGAGUGCUUAUGCAUCGCAAAGGCUAGUUAGUCUCUUUGACAUGCUUUCUCGCAAGUAUGCCAAACUAGCUGAGUUAAAAAAUGACAAGUCUCUGAAAGUUAUUUCUGAUCAGAUGGAAGCAGACAACAUCGCAGAUGAUAUGUCUACAGAGCUUCACAUAUAUACAGAUUUCUUAAGAAUUGUUCUGGAAAUAAUCAAUGCAAUCCUUACAUAUGCAUUGCCCAGAAAUCCUGAGGUUGUGUAUGCUGUAUUGCAUCGACAAGAGGUUUUUGAGCCAUUUAAAAAUCAUCCACGUUUCAAUGAACUGCUUGAGAACAUAUACACAGUAUUGGAUUUCUUCAAUAGUCGAAUGGACAUGCAACAAUUAGAUGGGGAAUGGUCUGUGGAUAAGGUGCUUGAAGUCAUCAACAAAACUUGCCGUUCAUGGCGUGGAGAAGGGAUGAAGAUGUUUACCCAGUUACGGUUUACAUAUGAGCAAGAAAGCCACCCUGAGGAAUUCUUCAUCCCAUAUGCAUGGCGCCUUGUCCUAUCACGGGGAUUCUCCUUCAAUCCCAGCGCCAUAAAUCUCUUCCCUGUGGAGGUUCACCUUGAAGACGCACCGGCCGGUGAACAAAAGGUUUAG